AACUGUGAAAAUGUGCGGAGCAUCGUCGUCUACGUCGUCGUGUGGAUUGUGAAAAUAGAGACCUUUUUUAUAUGUAUAUUAUUUUUAAUUUCGUUUAAUUUGUUUACGCGCUCAUUGCCCCGCGUUUAGUGUGAAAUCUUGUAGAUACUUUAGCCAAAUCGAAACCGCACUAAUUGUGCGUGGGCCAGCAGCCAUGCCUGAGUGAAUUAUCCGCCACAGAUUGGCCACUAUCUCAAGUGCAUUCGUAUAUGUAUCUCGCUCACUGUGUAUCUGUGUAUCUGUGCCUCUGUGUCUGUGCCUCAGUGUAUCUUUAAACGAACAAAGCGACAAAGGGAAUGCUCUUUGAACACCACAAAUAUUUGGAUUAUCUAAUACUAUAAAUUGGAUGGAAGGAAAAAACUUUUAUAAAUAGAGCGGUGGAAAGAAAAAACAACAAAAGAAAUCAAAAUGAAAAGUGCAGCAGCAGCAAAUACCAACAAAAUGUGUAACCAAUCAAUGGAGUUUUGAACCCUUAAAAAAUCACCAAAGCCAAUAUCCAAAAAUAACCAAAAAAAAAGCAGAAAAGCAGAGAGAAGCAAAAUCUGGCAACAGCAGCAUCGAGCGUCACUGCGUUGGUCCAAAGACCAGAAAUAAAUCCACCGGCAACGGCGGCAACUAAAUGUUGUUGCUCUUGUUGGCGUUCAUCAUGCGAUUCGUAGACAUUUCCAAACGCUGUGCGGCCUGCUCCAGGGCCGGCAUCGAUUGCCAGCACGGCAGCAACAUAGCGCACAGCGAUGCCAAUGGCAAUGCGGCCACGGCGGCCUGCUGGCAACAUGUUGCCACCAGCAACCAGAGCAACAGCAACAGCAACAGCAACAGCAGCAGCAGCACCAGCAGCGGCUGUGACAGCAAUAGCUCCUCCAAAGAGAACUACUAUGCACCACAGCAACAGCAGAGGCAGCAACAGCGGCAGCAGAGGCAGCACCAGCAACAUUUGCAACAGCAACAGCAACAUUUGGGUGUGACACCGCAGCAACUAGAGCAGAUACGCUUCUAUCAGCGCAUGCAGCAGCAGCAAUUGCAACUGUUGCAGCAACAACUAAUGCAGCGGCGUCGCCUGCAGCAGCAACUGAGGGAUCAGGGUGUGCCAGCCAAACAGACCACAACCACAGCGGGUUUGACCUGCAAUCAACAGUAUUUGAGGCAGCAAAGAAUGCAGCAACAGCAACAACAGAUGCAACAGCAGCAGGUGCAGCAGCAACAACGAUAUCUGGACAACAGCAACAUUGAUCAUGACUAUCUAAACAACAAUAUUAACAAUCGCAACAGUAAUCCGAUUCUAGGCCAAGGAAACUUGAAACUUCGACGUGGCAUGACCGAAUUCUCAACAAACAACGAUCACAAGCAACCGCAUUUCAUCUCCGCAUCUCAGCAGAAACCGCUCCAGAAUUCACCCAUUCACCAGACUAAUCCCAGACCGCAUCAUCAUCCCCAACCGCUUCAACGCUUUGCCCAACAGCAACAACAGUAUCUUCAGCAGACCCUGCCCCAAGGCCAGCAACAGAACGGCAACACGGCUGCCCACAUUGGUCUAGGAUCGUCGCCACAUUCCCCGCUCGGCUAUAGGAAUCCCCUCAACAGUCCCACCGGCAAUACGGCGGGUAAACGCUACCAGCAACAGCUGACCGAUCGCCUGCUGCAGCAGCAACAUCUGCAACACUGCCAGCAACAGCAAUUGCAGUCGCUGGGUGGCGGCGGCGGCAGCGAUGAGGAGUACGACACUAGGGAGGAACUGAGCGAGGAGAGCCUCAAGCAGAAUGUGGCCAUUGUCCUGAGCAAUCUGGAUCGGUACAACAACGCUUUGCGCAGCUUAAUACUGAAUGAGCAGGUGAGCGGCGGUGGUGGCGGCCUCGGCGGCAGCAGCAGCCUCUUUCUCGACAGCAACAGCAGCAGCAGCCUGCUCUUUGGCUGCGACAACGAUACGAAUCAGCGUUGCAACAACAACAACAACAACCAUAACGUGUGGGGCAAAAUGGCAGCCACACCGGAAUCGGACUACAACAGCAAUGCCACAACGCCAGGGGGCAGGAGUGGCAGCGAUCAGCAACAGCAACAACUUGGGGUAGGUGCAACGCUUUGUGGUGGUGGUGGUGGUAUACGGGACUCUAACGGUGGCAACUGUUCGCUGGCCUCCUCGCACGACUUUACUCACGACAAUUCCGAUUAUCAGUGGUUCCUCGACUACGGCUAUCGGGAUGGCUGCAGCGGCAUGCAGCGCAGUGUUCUCAGCUCCCUUUCGGCCUCCUACAAUGCCAUGGGGGAUCUCAUCUACUACGAGGAUCUGGCCAAGAAUCUGGACGCCAAUCUGGCCGAGGUCGAUAUGGAGAGUUUUCGUGCCGAGGAUAUACAUUCGCUGUUGUCACAGCUGCCGGCCUACUGCAAGAGUCUGGGCGGUGCGAAUAGUCGACUGCAACAGUCGCUGCUACACCAGCAGCAGCAGCAGCACUUGCAACAGCAACAACAGCAGCAGCAGCUAGAGCACAGCAGCAACAGCAACAACAUGAUGAUGAUGAUGCCGCACAACAUGAUGUCGCAGACAUCGACGACAUCCACCAACGAGCUGAUCGACAACUCGUUCUGCAAGUCCGAGCUGCUGUUCUCGCCCGUACGCGAGUCGCACAUCUCCGUGGACUCGCUGGACAUGGACGCGUAUCCCGAUGAGGGCGAGAUAAUACUCACCUGCAACAAGGACAACUAUACCAUAGCCUUCGAGGGCAGUGUACUCUACUCGGACGAGAGUUUCUAUGAACCCAAUGACAUGGCCAUGAGGAGGAGCAAACAGAACUGCAUCAAUUUGCAUAGCAAUCUGGAGGAUAUUGUGAAGCGCAACAAGGCCCUGGAGGUAUCGAUGUCACGCUCGGCCCAGGCCUUUCAGCCACUGGGUCCAACCAUGUCGCCCAAGGGCGCAACAGGAGCGGCAGGAGCCACGGCCAAACUGCAGCGACGCUCGUUGUUUCUGGUUUCGCCCGCACGCAGAUAUCCGUCGGGCAACAACAACACGGAGACCAUUACCAUCACAAGACAUCUGCCGCAGUGCAGCGUCAGGAAGAGCAGCAGUCUGCCGAAUCUGCAAAGCGAAGAGGCAAUGCCAAGGCCAGAGCAGGAGGAGCAACAGCAACAGCCACAGUCCCAGCGAGUGGAUCAGGGAGCACCUUUGAAUGUCUCGCAGGCGAUCAGCACCUCGACAAUGGAGUCGUGCAAGUCGCGAUCGAGAAAUCUGCUGCCCAUGUGCCAGAUGCCCAUAUCCAUAAGCGUUUCCAUAUCGGAGAGACUGCAACAACAGGCAGAGCUGCAACAGCAGCAACAGCAACAGCAGCAGCAGCACCGUCACAAGCAUCAUCGCUGCAUUUGCUCCCACGAGAGUCAGAACUUCUGUUCGGGGUCUGUGUCCUCGGGCAACUCCUCCAAUCCGCCGGCCUUCAAUCUAGUCAAGCUCUUCAUCAAACAGAAGAGCACCAGCAGCGGCGACGAGGAGCCGCUAAUGGCCCAGGCCAGUGCACACACCUGUAUGGAUGUCUCGUCGGGCUGUUGGCCCUCCAGCGAUGCGGCCAGCUCGAGCAGUGGCUCCCUGGAGCAGCGUCUGCGCAAGAAGAGCAUGAACGACUCGGGCAAGGGUUCGGCGGUCAGUCGUCACGACGAGGAGGAGGAGGAGCACCACCACUAUGCGGAUCAACAGACGACCCCCAAGCAGCGUCAGCUGCGCGCUCGAUCCGAGGCGGUGUUCUAUGACGAUGCGGCCAGCUCGAGUUCCACGGGCUCCCUGACGGCCACCAAUUCGCCGGCCCAUCGUCGCCGCAGUAUGCCGUUGCGGAAUCCACAGCUCUAUCAGCUGGCGGCAGCCCAGACCUCGACGGCCAGCCAGAUGUCGUCGGAGGCCAGCACCGAGGAGCAACUGACGCAGGUGCCGCGACGAGCAGGCGCCGAGGCGGCGUCCACACGCCCCCUGUCCUGUGCCUCCAGCUCGGAGAUGAUAACACGCUCCAUGCAGACAUCCUGCGGUUCGUUGAGCACCACGCGCAGCAGCCUGAGCGAGAGAUACCGAUGUGUGCCGCCCUCCUUCCUGGAGAAGCUGAACAACCUGGGGGAGCAGCGGGAGGCGCCCAUCUACGUGAUCUAUCCGAACUAUGCGCUGCCCGACUUGGGCUUUGUAAAGACCACAGCGGCCACCCCGGACGUGAUCUUCUCGCCGUUCAACUACAAGAUGACGCUGGACGGAGCCGCCACCAGCAGCGGAUCGCUCAAGAAGCAGCGCAGCAGCAACAGCUGCAGCAGCCGGCAGAGCCUCAACGAGGACGAACUCCUCAAGACGCUGGACUACAAGCACAUAGCCGACUGGCAGUCGCUGGCCACCCUGUUGCCGGUGGAGUAUCGCCGUCGGCUGCAGCACAUUCCCGAGGUGAAGCAGCUGGUACGACAACUGGAUGCGGAUCUCGCCCAGCGACCGCUGUUCUGUAUGUCGCCGCCGUUGCGCAGGAACCGCACACACAUCUGCGAUUGUGCCAAGUACUUCCAGCAGACGCAGACGGGCCACACCCAGCCGCUGCUGGACGAGGGCUCCAGCUCGGGGUCCAGCCAGCCGCCCAGCUCCGGCUAUCGGGGCUCUUCCACGCUGCUAACCGACUCCGAGCUGGACGCCGAUGCGGAUCCGCUGAAGCAAAUGUAUGUCUACCAGUACGAUCAGCAGCAGCACACGACGCCACCGCAGCCCAUGCCGAGGAGCAUCUUGCGCAAGGCAAACUCUGCCCAGGCACGGACCAAGCGCAAUUCCAUGAUCGAGGGCGGCCAGCAGACGCAGAAGAUGUCCAAGCUGGAGAAGCGACGGAGCCUGCAGGAGCCGCCCUAUAACUACGCCCUGGGCUCCACCGAUGAGCUGGCCGAUGUGUUUGAGGAGGAAGAGCAUAGCCAGGCACAGGUCCAGGCACCGGCAGUGAAGCAGCGCCUCUCCCGCAAGGAUCUGGACGCCCGGGCACGGGCCGAGAACUUUCUGGCCAGCCUGCCACGCUCCGAACUGAAGUAUUAUGCGGAGAUUGCCUCCAUUCUGGAGACAUCCGGCGAGCAGGUGCAAUACGAUGCGGCUGCCCUCAAGAAGGAGGUGAGUCGCGUGCUCAGCCAGCAGAAGAAGGUGUCCUUCACCGAUGAGGCGGCCACCUUGACGGCGGCCCUCGCUGGGGAUGCCAAGCGCUUCUCGACGCCACCCAAUUCGCCCAACAUUUCCAUGGCGGCCGCCCUGCAGCGACGCGAGACCCUCGACGUGCUCGAGCAGCGGAAGAUCGAGAGCAAUCGCUUCAAGCGGCUGCAGAUACAAUGGGAACUGAUGAGCAAAGACUCGAGCAUGCUCAAGGAGCUGGCCAGCGAGGCGGCGACCAAGAGUGGCGGCUCCACGCCCACAUCCACCAAUUCGACGGGCUCCAAUUCGGCGACAAGAUCAAGGAUACCCCGACCAGUCAGCUAUCCAGCAGGAAGAAGUUCCACACCCACAUCGACGCCCACAGCGGCCACUGCGGUGGCCAGUAGUCCCUCCACAACACCCAAGACUGUCACUAAAAGCCACAACAAAACUCUGUCUCUUUUGUCCUCCCCGCGUUUGAAUAGACUAAGCAGCGCCCAGCAGGAUGCCGCCAAUGGGUCAGGCAAGGCCGGCAGCAGCAGCACACGAUCGCCCAGUCGCAUAGUGCAACCGAAGCGGUACAGCCUGGCGGGCACCCCGACACACACACCCCCAGCAGCAGUAAGGCCGCGCACGCCCACCAAUCGAGUGACAGUAACGGCGCCCAAUACACCAAAGCGUCAGGCGGGAGUUGCCCCAUCGCCCAGACCCACCUCGCGAGUGCGUUGAGCGUCCACACCAGGUCCAGUCAUACCCCAAUUAGUCAGCGAUUACUCAACAACAAAAACAUAAUCAAGAAAAACCGCAAUGAAACAUUGUAAAAUUCUAGACUAAGGCUUUGUGUGCGUGCGGCUCUACUGCUUAAAACACCUGGAAAGUGAUAUAUAGAGGAAACCGUGAGCUAAGGAGAGAUGGAGGGGCAGCGAGGGACGGCGAGGGGAACAUUGAAAGGUCCGACAGUGCUAGUACUAGGGUACCUCCUGAUUGAUAUUGAUAUUUUUUGUUGCGGGAAAGUAGCUGAAUUUUUCAUUUUCUACUGAAAAUCUAUACAUAUGCCAAGUACGCGUAAACAAAUAUUUUGAUGUAUAUACACACACACACACACAGACACAAGCAUAUACAUAAACAUAUGUAUACAUAGACGCUUUUCCCCCCCACCCCCCCACACUAGCUGCUACUCAAAAGAUACGCGGAUACACAAUACAUAAAGAAAUUGUAUAAAAUAUUUUCUAUAAAAUGGCAGCCUAUACGUAUAGCAAAUAAUCGACCAGCAGCCAAAAAAAAAGGCAGGAAAAGGCAUAGAUCGGGAUGCAAUAGAACAAUACAUAAUCGAGGAUUUGCGGACGGCCUUUAGCUUGAUUUAUGAUUUAAUCGCAGACUCAAGUAUUUUUUGGUUGCGUGACUUUUAUUUUAUGCCGAGACGAAACGCGCCCUUUGCUGCGCUCAAAGUGAUUUCAAAUUGUACGAUAUAUUGAUUACUAUUAAACUUACCACUUACUUUCAUUUGUAACUAUUUAAAGCCUAUCUAUCUAUGCGCUCUAACCGCUGUAACCACUCUAUCUCUAUGACAUAAAUAUAAUUUUUUAUUUAACUGCUGGAAGACAUCAAACUAAUUUGUAAGAACAGAACAGAGCAGAGCAAAACACUUUUCUAUCCUUAAUUGUAUAGCUAUUUCUUAUAUACUAUAUAUACUAUUAUGUAUUAUGUGCGGAGCGGUUCAACACACACACACACACACAUAUUAUAGAUUUUCAAAAAGUAUCACCAAAUGCGGGAUAUGCGGGAGUAUAAUUAUGUAUUAAACAACAACAGAAACAAAACAAAAACAAAACAUUGUAUAAAAAUACAAAAC